GAGCCGCCACCGCCACCACAACCGCCGUCGUCGCCGGGAGUUUCACCGAUAAAAUUGAAAGAAUGCAUGGAAGAGCUGCUGAAGUUCACUCUCCUCUCAUCCAUACAAGGAAAACUCCAAACCGGCCUCUCCGAUGAAUACUGCGAGGGCCUUCUCAGAGACGAUCCAUCGAACCUCCUCCCAAUUACCAACGAAACUUGUAAAGGAGUUCCAUCGUAUUCAUUAUAUAAGCGCGUAGCGUCAUCUCUUUACGAGUCUAUACAUUCUGGAACGUUGUUUACAGCAUGUAAAGAACUAAUACCAGCGCACGAACACCAAUGCUUAAAUAAAAACGACGAAGAAUGGAACAAGCUGAUGAUGGAAAAGGGUUCUGCUUUACUGAGUGUACUGAAUGAAGUGGACUUUGAACUUCACGUUCAGGAGCCUUUCUUUUCUCAGCUCGAUGACGGACUCAAAACAGUUGAAGGAAGGUGUGCUAUGGGUAACUACAAGAGAAUCCAAUCGGGACAUUUACUUCUCUUCAACAAGUGUUUGAUUCUUGAAGUUCAGGAUGUGAGAUAUUAUGCUUCGUUUCAUGACAUGUUGGAAAUGGAGUCCCUUGCAAAAGUUCUUCCUGGAGUUCCAAGCAUUGAAGAAGGUGUACAGAUCUAUAGAAAUUUCUACUCGGAAGAAAAAGAAAGGUCAAAUGGUGUUAUUGCUAUAUGUGUUACAAAACCUACUUCCCAGCUUUACGUUAUUAUGGCCUCAAUACUUUCGGGAUUGAGCUGCGGUGGAGUUCAGAAGCUUCUAGGGUUUGUAGAGACUAUCGGAACAAAUCCGGAAUUACUUCCUCCCACAACAUCAACUCUGCUUUCAACAUUCUUGGCGACGCAUAGUCCUCAUGUAAAAGGUUCGACUCUGACAAAUGGUGCGAGGGCUCUAUCAAAGCAUAUCAAUAGAAGCAGUCAAGGGUACUGGGGUGGCUUAUAUGGAAACGAUUUUGAGAAAAAUAGACAAGCUGUGGAAGUCAUAAAUCGGGUAUUAAGUGAGUGUAUAUGGAUGAACAUGCAUAUUGUUCAACCCCAUGGAUGCAUCUUCGAGAUCAGGACUCGUGAUGGUUAUGGGGCCCGGUGGUCCGGAGAUGGAAUCAAGUUUAUAGGAUUUCUCGAGCCAUAUGAGGUGGACGGGCACUCCAAAGGCUGGAAACAUUAGUAACACUUCACUGAUUUUUGAGCUAUAUAUACUUAAGUUAGUAACACUUCACUGAAAUUGUUUCUUCCCGUUUUAUGUGUAAUGCAAUUGCGAAAAUACUUUGAAUAUCUCGUCGGGUCACUCUUGUUGUGUAUGGUAUGAACGAAUCGAUAAGAGACGGAAAUGUUACUCGCCGGGCUUUCUUGACUUUGAUGGAGAUUUAAGAGUUUUAUUUGUGUUUGGUUUGGUAA